AUGCGUGUAAUUCCGCGGAGUCGCAAAUUGCGCUGGGCAGCUGCCGGCCUCCGUCGCCUUAUCUGCCGACGCUCGGGCCAGCGAAAUGUGUCCCCCACGCCUCAACUGCGACAUCCCAUUCCUCCCUCACUACCCUUGUCACCCUCAAUCAAUGGGCCAUUCAUGAUUGUCAUAUCAGCGAGGCGAGUAACGGGCCGGGUCUGGACCUUGCCUGGCAGCUACAGCUUCACACAUCUUCGAAGAUGCCGGGCGCUAAGCAAUGAUGUCGCGCCUCAUGAUGGCCAACCAUCUGCUCGAAAACGUCCACAGUUCCACGACUAUUUCGUCACCCAUCUGCCAUCGUCAUCGCUUCAUCCGGAUCCUCGGGGACCGAUCGCUCCCUUUCAUAAGCUCCCCCGCUCUGCCUCUAUACCGCAUACUGGCGAGACUCCGCACUCUCCGACCUCAUUUCAACAACUAGUUGGCCGAGAGACGACCGUUGUCCGGAUCCCCCUGCGAAGCGCGAAACAUCACUUUGGUGCCGUCACUGCUCGCGCGACCACCUACGUCGCUGACAAUCGAACGCCUGAGGAGUCCCUCGGGGGGUUGCGUGAGUCCCGCGGGGCGGAGACCGCCACCGGCGACCCGCAAGUCUUCUACUUUGGAGUUUUCGAUGGCCACGGCGGGUCAGAGUGCAGCACGUUCUUGAAGGAAACCCUUCACGAGUACAUUCAAGAUACUGCUGUAGAAUUCGAGGUCUCUUCGAUUCUCCGAACCGCACGACGACAGACAAAUGCAGGCGAUACAUUACCAGUCCUGCAAGACGGUAACCGUCAGCGGAUCGGCGAUCUUGAAAAGAAUCUUGUGCAGAACUGGAGAAGGCUAGUCGGUGGCUACUUCAAAAGAUUCAAACCGACCACUUUCUCCUACUAUGGGAACGAAAACGACGCGGAAAUGGAUACGACAUCCAAUGGGAAGGUCUCUAUUGAGGAAAUCUUGGAAUAUGCCUUUCUGCGUGCCGACCUGGACUUUGUCAAGGCGCAAGCCGCCAAGCGGGAUGAUGACCUCGUUUUGGCCGAGAAGCCAUUGAACGAAGAUGAGAUCCUCCACAGCCCGAGUUUGACUCGCACUCCAAAGAUCGGUGGCCGCUCGCGAUUUAAAGGGGGCAGCACCGGCAGCAUUGCCAUGAUAUCGACGCCUUCCCCGACUCCAUUUUGGCACCCUGCUGCCCCUUCUAGUCUACUUGUUUCUCACGUCGGCGACACUCGAGUCUUGCUGUGCUCAACCAUUACCGGCGCAGCCGUGCCCCUCACUUCCAACCACCAUCCGUCGUCGCCCAUUGAGGCCAGUCGACUUCGCCGCUAUGCUACAACCUUUGUCACGGACUCCUUUGGCGAGGAGCGCAUGAGCGGGCUCGCAAAUACCCGGGCCUUUGGGGAUGUCCAAUCCAAGCGUAUUGGUGUUUCUGCUGAGCCGGAGCUCCGCCGCGUCGAAAUGGGUCCUGCCGAAUUUUCGUUCCUCGUGAUGAUGUCAGACGGUAUUAGCGGGACUCUUGCCGAUCAGGAGAUUGUCGAUAUCGUCAAGGAAGCGCGAACCCCCGAGCAAGGCGCGCGCGAUGUGGUGAGCUUUGCGACCGAGGUGACGAAGGAAGGAGAUAAUGCCACUUGCCUCGUUGUCCGGCUCGGUGGUUGGGAGCGACGUCAGGAAGGCGGCGUCGGCAGUCUGGGAACUAAGGAGUCUCGCGAGUGGCGGCGACAGGAUGCCACAGAUCCGCGCAGGUCACGGACGUGA